GAUGAGGAGGAAGAGGAGGGGGAGGAAGAGGAGAUGAAGGAACGUGAGGAAGAAUCUGAACAAAGCGAAGAGGAAAUUAGAGAAACACCGCCUGAAGCGAACAUCGAAGAGCCGCAACGUGGAGGAGGACUUAUUGCUCAGGAAAAUUUGGAGGAGGGGGAGGUGGAGGAGGAGCAGGAAACAACAGGCGAAGAAAGGGAAGAGGAAGAGGAAGAGGAGGAGGAGGAGGCGGCGGCUGAGGAAGGAGAAUAA